AUUCAUACUGUACGACAAACAGGCAAAAUGUUGGUUGCUUUUAUAUUACUGGCGGCAUUUACUUAUGCUACAGCUCAACCGGGUCCUGGGGAGGCAUGUAACCCAACAACCAAUCAGUGCAGAGCCGACUCUGACUGUCAUCCUACAGAGAAUAUUUGUUAUGCUGAUCCAGCACAAGUUACAAGGCCCUCCGUAUGGCUAGGCACGCCACCUUCAUGUGAUGCAAGAUCUCCACAACGCUGUGCCUUUUCUGAUUUCUUAUUUGACGUGAGUCAUCCACGUGGAGAUAGAGGGAGCCAGUGGUGCACCUCAGGCUCAAAAGCGCGCUGUCAGUCUCGUGUAGCCCCUGCGCUAAAUCCUCCAACGCCAGCCAACUCGAUUCAGGUUUUCUCAUACAACAUUUUUGAACGUGACUUUGGUAUCACUCAUGAUGGCCAACGAGAGAGAACAUGCCGAAUCCCGCAGAAUCUGGUGCGUGUUCUGCCCGACACUGAUGCUGUUAUUUGGCAGGAAGCAUUUAUGGGAGGCUGUUGGCAAGAUGAGGCAAAUCUCCGCCACCUCAUGACGCAACAUGGAUUCCCAUAUCACACCUCAACGAUCGAUGAUCCAAAUGAUACAUUUGAAAAUGGAGGUGUCUUUAUUUCAUCCCGUUGGCCAAUCACAGCGCAGGCUCAAAUUAUCUUCCAAAACAGACUUGAUUUUACCGCUGAUGAUUUUGCGGCGAAGGGAGUAGGCUAUGCCAAAAUCGAGAAAACCUCUGGCGGGGUCACGAAACCAUACCAUAUUUUCGGCACCCAUAUGCAAGCAGGGGGCGGUGCUGAAGGGGAUCAAGUGCGCAUUGACCAAGCAGGAGAGAUGCGCCAGUUUGCUGUAAGUCGCAACAUACCUGCCACAGAGGCAGUUAUCUAUGGUGGUGAUUUUAACACUGCAUAUCAAGAUGAAGGUGACCGAUACGCAGAAUUCAUGAAUGCCCUGAAUGCACCACAGACAAUCGAACGCAUAGGGAGCCUCAUGUUCACAUCAGACCCCAACACGAAUGAUGUCCAGCGUAAGAAAAGUCCAAAUUCAAGACCAAAAUGGAUCGACUAUGUCACCCAUAGCUUGGCUCAUCUCCAACCAACAUCGGCCACAAUGGAGGUAACACCGACACCCCAUCAGCAGCAGUUCUCUGUAUGCUGGUGUGAGCUGUGUAUUCCACUGGAGGAGUAUGUCUUCCCAGAUGACCCACUGUGUACCCAGCUUAUAGACAAUGGAGGACUAGAGGGGGAGGUGGCACUGUUUAACCAUCUCUCAGAUCAUCAUCCAGUCACAGGAAGAUUCACUUUCCCAGCAUAAAUCCAUCAAACAAUUACUAAAAAAUAUUUUAUCCUUGGGUCAUUUGAUCAUUUACUUUUUUGAUGGAAAAGAAUAAAGAUAUCAGUCACCUAAAAUGUACUAUUCAACAGUAUAUAUAUUCAUAGUAAUAGGCAUUAAAAGUUGGUAUUCUUCAAAUAUACCCAAGCAUCUAGUCAAGUGUCUUUAAGUGCCCAAUAUUGUAGAUUACCUCCAAAUGGAAUAUAAUAGAACUGUCAUAUGAAUCCCUGAACAUAUUAGCAGAUGGACUGAGAAACGGACAGACAGACAGACAUUACAGUCCCUGUACUUACAAGACUUGCCCUAAUAGACAUCAAUUUUGUGCCCUCCCUCAACAUUUACAAAUGAAAUGCCUUAAAAGAGUAAGGCCUGAUUACCAUCUAUUAGAAUAUACUUGAAUUGUCAUAUGAACAGGUGGACUGAGAAACGGACGGACAUACAUUACAG